AUGACGCUAACGAAUAUCAAUCGUGCAAUCGAAGAUCCAUUCAAUCGAUACAAAAUGCCGAAACUUGUCGUUCAAGUGAUCAAAGAACGAAGUUCUUUUCGAACGAUUUUGGUUAAUCUAUCAGAUAUCGGCAAAGCUCUUCGUCGCUCACCACAGUAUAUCAUCAAAUAUUUGGCUUUAGAAUUAAAUUCCUCGAUGAAAGUCAAUAACCAUUCGAAUCAAUACAUCAUUCUAGGAAAUUACAAUCCGGAAACAUUACAAAAUGUGUUGGAUGGAUUUAUUAAACUAUUUGUCUUAUGUAAAACUUGUGAAAACCCUGAAACAGAUUUAGAUUGCGAUGAGAAGGGACUUUGUCAACGAUGUUGUGCUUGUGGUAGUACAAGAGAAAUCACAAUCGAAUGCCAUGAAUUAGUGAAAUUUAUUCGUCAAAAUUGGUCGGAAGAUGAAAAGAAGAAGAAUCAGUACUAUUGGAAUCAAAUAAUCAGUUUUCCAGAAGAAAUCGAUGAAAUUUCUUCACAGAGUAUUUCUUCUGAUGAAGAUUGGGAUGAUGAUGAUGAUGAACAAUUCGUUGCUUUAUUUCAAAGAAAGAAAUUGUCGGACCAAUUGAAUGACUUGGUUUCAAUUGAAGAAUUAAUCAACGAAGCAAAAAGAUUGAACAUGACGACAAAGGCUCCGUGUCUCAUCGCGAGAAACUUAUUUACAAAGGAAAUUCUCAAAGAAAUUGAUGUAUAUGAGGUGUUACUAUCUCAUUUUUGUCAAAAUCAUGAACAACAAUACUCGUUAUUAGACGGAAUCGCAAUGUUCAUCUGUUCGAACGAAGAAAUUCACGAAAUCUUCUCGAACGAAAAGCAAAUUUCCACGAUUUUUUAUAAAUUAUACGAAAAAGACCUGAUCGACGAAGACGUUUUCUACGAUUGGAGUCCAAUCGAACAAUUCAGAAGACCAUAG